CUUUACUACACUUACCACUAUAUUUACUACUAUAACUAAUACUAAUUUUACUACUACAACUAUUACCUUAACUAUUGAUAAGUUUUAAGUUUAUCUCCCAAUAGUAUGGUAAGAAAAUCUCGUAAAUCUCAGGUGGUUCUUCCCACCUACAAACUCGAUUCCAAUCUUGUGUUAUUACCGGGUAUCAUCUAUAAUGUUACUUUCUCUCGAUUCAAAGCGGCUGCACUUUUAUAUCGAUUCCAUCAUCAAGUAUCUAAUAUAUCCAUUAUUAACAAUUUACUUAAUGAAUAUGACUUUUCCAAUCUUGAUAAGAAUGGGAAUGGGAAUGGAGAAGAAGUUAGUGAAUUCACUAGUCCUCGAGUCAUUACUCAUGAUGCAGUAGAAGGUAUUAGACAAGUGUUUCGAUUAGAAACUCAACUGAAAAGUGCUGGUGCUAGUGCUGCAGAUCCACUGUAUGAGGUAGAUCCUCAUACAGACUUUGAUUGGCUUACCUUAGCCAUUAAACCUAAUUUGGAUAAGAUUAAAGAACCUAAAGAUGUAAAACCAGUUGAUGGCCGAGUUGUAACGGUGGUUCGGAUUGUAGGAAUUAUUGAUGAUACCACCAAUAUCAAAUUAACAUUUCAAGCUUUGGCUCGGGGAUUAAAAGUAGGUGAUAAGAAGAAGGCUCAACCUAAUGAACAGUUGGUAGAAGUGGAUUGGAAUCCCGAUCUUUAUGAUGUUAAAGAGAAAUUUAAACAAUUAAAACAAUCUAGUACGACACUAUUUAAAGCCAUUGAUCGAUUUCUUAUUCAAUACCGUCAAGCUUUGAGUCGUCAUGCUGCUAAUGGAAAGAAUUCUGGUUUAUCAUUAGUUAAUAAGAAGAGUUCUAAAUCUCAAAAUCAGUCUUCAACUCCUAAUCCAACGACUCCAGCUCAUGAUGAUAGUGAUUUAUUAAUACUUAAUCCUUUGGCUACUGCUCUUUACUUACAAUUAUCGGGAUCUAAAGACUUUUCAAAGGCGUUUGUUAGUUUACAAAGACUCUAUAGUCAAUUUGGAGAUGAUAAUAAUAAGGUUGAUACUAAAACAUAUUUAAGAUUAAUUGAUCUUACAGGAGGUAUACUUCCAUUUCCUAAUAAUCUUAAAUUACGAUUAUUGAGUAAACUUAAUGUUGAAGAUCGUAAUGGAUGUAUUAAAGAUAUGAUUCAUUUAUUGAUUGAUACUUUUGAUCAUUUACAUGAGAAUAAUAAGUUUAUUAGUCAUUGGUUUUAUAAUGAAGCCACCAAUAUUCAAAAGGCUAAUGUGGUGGCUAAUCAGUUGAAAUCUAUUCGACUUCUUUUAGAAGGUAUGACCAACAAGAAUAAAUUGGGUAAUAGUACUAAUCGUCAACUGCUGUCUUCUGGGUCAACCAAUGGAGGAUCGGGUUCGGGUUCUUCAUCUUCUUCAACUCCUAAACCUCGUCGUGUAGGUACUAAAUCAGCUGGUGAUGUUGAAGAAGUAAUGGAUGAAGAUGAAGAAGAUGAAGAAGAUGAUGAUGAAUUACGAGCCAUUACUAAUUUCAUUAAGAAUAAACUUCCUACCAUUAGUUCAUUAAGCUCGGAUUCUAAACGAUUAAUUGUUAAAGACUUUAAACGAAUCAAAUCGGCAAGUAAUGGACCGGGAGGUGGAGGCAAUUCCGACUUCCAUGUCAUCCGGAACUAUCUUGAGAUUGUUAUGGAUAUUCCUUGGGAUCGGUAUGUGACUCGAUUUAAAACCAAUAAGGAGAUUGAUUUGGUAUUUGCUAAGAAACAAUUGGAUGAUGAUCAUUAUGGACUUGAACAUGUUAAGAAACGGUUGAUUCAGUAUCUUGUUGUAUUAAAGUUAUUAGGUAUGAAUGCUGAUAAGACCUCUGUUGAUCAGGAGUCUUCAUUAUCAGAUGCUGUAGUUGCCGACUCAAAUGGUUCAGGAUCCAGUUCUACUUCUACUUCUACUUCUGGGUCUGGUUCGGGGUCUAUAGUUAUUGCCAAUAAUGAUGAGACAUCAGUAGCUCAUCAACAAGCACAGAAUAAAAAUAAGACUUCUAUAACUAAAACUAAUCGUGACAUUCCUACGGCUGAAUCACUUAGUAUUAGUAAAACUAAUAAAUCACCAAUUAUUAUGUUAGCAGGACCUCCUGGAACUGGUAAAACUUCCCUUGCUAAAUCUAUUGCUACCGCAUUAGGUCGGAACUUUCAACGGAUUUCUCUCGGAGGUAUUAAGGAUGAAAGUGAGAUUCGAGGUCAUAGAAGAACUUAUGUUGGUGCUAUGCCCGGACUUAUUAUUCAAGCGUUACGAAAAUCUCGGUCCAUGAAUCCCGUCAUUUUAUUAGAUGAAAUUGAUAAAGUUAUUGGGGGUAAUAAUGGAGUUAAUAAAUUUAAUGGAGAUCCAUCAGCAGCUUUAUUAGAAGUGCUUGAUCCAGAACAGAACAAUACAUUUAUUGACCAUUAUUUAGGAUUCCCCGUCGACUUAUCUCAAGUUAUCUUUAUUUGUACAGCCAAUGAACCGCAUAAUAUGACUCGACCAUUAUUAGAUCGACUUGAAAUGAUUCAAGUAGGAGCCUAUGAUUAUAAUGAAAAGUUAAUUAUUGGUAAAAAGUAUCUUUUACCUCGACAAAUUAAACGGAAUGGAAUUGAUAUGGGGAAUGUUAAAAUCCCGGAACUGGUAAUGAAAAAGAUUAUUGUAGACUAUACAAGAGAAGCUGGAGUUCGGAAUUUCGAACGGAAAUUAGGUACUAUCUGUCGGUUUAAGGCAGUAGAAUAUUGUGAAAAUCUUUCGAAUUCUCAUAAGAAUUAUAAUGGAACUAUUGAUGAAAAUGAUUUACCAAUUUAUUUAGGAAUUCCUUAUAGUUCCGGGGGCGGCGCCAGUUCCGACCCGGGGUACAAUGGAUCGCGAGUUGGAAUCGUUAAUGGAUUAUCUUAUAAUUCUGAUGGAUCAGGUUCAGUACUUGUAUUUGAAAGUAUUGGAUUUGAUAAACGGAUUGGUAAUCGUAAUGGAGGUAACUCCAAUUCCGGGUGUUCAUUAAAUAUGACUGGUCGAUUAGGAGAUGUAUUAAUGGAAAGUGGUAAGAUUGGAUUAACAUUUAUUAAGCUGUUGAUAUAUAAAAAUUUAUUCAAUAUUAAAGAUCAAUCAGAUGAAUAUUUAAUUGAUAAAUUCAAUAAUUUAGAUAUUCAUAUGCAUGUACCUAUGGGAUCAAUUUCUAAGGAUGGACCCCUGGCCGGAAUUACUAUGGCACUUCUGUUUUUAUCGGUGGUGUUGGACCGGGCCGUGCCCUCGGAUAUCGCAAUGACAGGAGAAAUUACUUUAAGAGGUUUAGUAUUACCAAUUGGAGGAGUUAAAGAAAAAUUAAUGGGAGCUCAUUUAAAUGGUCAUAUUAAGCGAAUGAUCAUUCCUCGGGAGAAUCGGAAAGAUCUUAUUGAAGAGUAUGGUCGAAGCAUUGAAGAAGCCGGUGAACCUAUCGGAACUGGAGUAUUAACUGAAUUACUUCGAGACAAUGAAGAAGUCGAAUUUAAGAUGGAUCAAGUGGAAAAGUUCUACUUGCGGAAAUUCGGAAUUCAAAUAUACUAUGCACGAGAAUUCCAUGAUGUUAUGCGGAUAGUUUGGGCCGAUGAUGACUUAUUGACGGCUGAUCUGCGAUUAGUCGAAUAUCACUUAUAGGUUUA